GGAGCUGGACAUAACGAGUGAGGCGAGGGAUACGGGUGUGAAACCAGCAGCUGAAAUAGAGUGGCGUUUUGAGAAGGAAAAAAAAAACAGGUAUUCCUUCACAGAUUUACAACAUGAGUGGAGUAAAUGUGAAGAAACUGAAAGUCAACGAGCUGAAAGAGGAACUUCAUCGGCGAGGGCUGGACACCCGUGGCCUGAAAGCGGACCUCAUCGAUAGUUUGCAGGUUGCGCUUGAGGCCGAGGCCACUAGGGAAGGAGGCGGGGCGCCGGUUGCCCUUGGAGAGGGCUACGGCAUCGGCGGGGAAGCCGGAGACGGCGAUGAUCAGGAUGAAGUAGAUGAAGUUGAAGGUGAAGAAGAGGAUGAUGACGAGGAGGAGGAGGAAGACUACCCUGAGCAGCAGGAAGAGGAAAAUGGAGAGGGAGGGGAAAUGGACAUAGAAGAAGCGUCUGAUAUGGGCUACGGCAUGAGCGAGUAUGCUGCAGGCAACGUGCCGGAGAUCAAACAGGAGUACGAGCAGGAGCUGCUGGAACCAGAGAGUAAGCCGGAAGAGUAUAAAAUGAAAAAGGAACUGAAGAAGGAGGAGGAGCAGUUUGAGAAGCCAGAGGAGGAGCAGCAGUGGCAGCCAGAACCAGCCAAUGAAUGGGAGGCUCAGGAGGCAGCCCAGCCUAAAUUCGAAGAUGACCGCCAUGGCCCUUACGGCCGUAAGAGACCUUACGAUGAGGCCCGAGGGCACGGCUACUAUGAGCACCGUGAAGACAAGAGGUCCCGCUCCUCCCAGCCUCCAGCAGAAGAGGAAGAGGAGGACUUUGAUGAUACUCUGGUGGCCAUUGACACAUAUAACUGCGAUCUGCACUUCAGGGUGUCUCGUGAUCGGUACAGCGGGUACCCCCUCACCAUCAAGGGCUUUGCAUACCUGUGGUCAGGAGCCAGGGCCUCCUAUGGUGUUAGCAAAGGCCGCGUCUGUUACGAGAUGAAGAUUAAUGAGGAGAUCUCUGUGAAGCACCUGCCCAGCAGUGAGCCCGACCCCCAUGUUGUGCGUGUGGGCUGGUCUUUGGACUCCUGCAGCACACAGCUGGGUGAGGAGGAGUUCUCCUACGGGUAUGGAGGAACAGGAAAGAAAUCCACAAACUGCAAAUUUGAGGAUUAUGGGGAGAAGUUUGGCAAGAAUGAUGUCCUUGGCUGUUACAUUGACUUCGAGAGUAGCGAGGAGAUUGAGAUCGCUUACUCGAAGAACGGGAAGUGGCUUGGAGUGUGCUUCCGCGUCAACCGGGAGGAGCUGGCAGGACGGCCGCUCUUCCCCCACGUGCUCGUCAAGAACUGCGCCAUCGAAUUCAACUUUGGCCAAAAGGAGGAGCCCUACUUCCCUCUGCAGGAAGGGUUUACCCUCAUCCAGAACGUCCAGCUGGAAGACAGGACCAGGGGCACCGUGGGACCUGCCACUAAGGCGGAAUGCGAGGCAAGCUGUGCUGUCAGCGCAUACAGAAGACGCGUCAGAGUUGGCAAAGACAUUUUUGGCUCAAGCGAUGAUGAUGACUCUGGCUCUGGAGUUGAAAGUAAUUACUCUGGAGAUGAGCAUCUUUUCUUUUUCGGGAUAGACCCAGUGGAGGACCUCGACUGUCAGCAGGUCUUCGCAGGAGGAAAUGUGGCUGCUAGCAGGGUUUCCACAAACCAACAAGGGCAAGCCACACCAUCAUCUUCAGUGGGUCCCCCCAGGAGUACACCCAGGAAGAGGGCCUCAACAACCCCUAGAAAAAAUGUACUGAAGUCCAUGACAUCCACAGAAGAGACAUCUGUCUGUCAGACCCGGAGGAUUCUUUUUUGUGAGGAGUCAUCAGAGGAAGAGGAGGGGCCAAGUCAAGCCACAAAAAAGAAGAAAGUUCCCCCCUCUUCUAGACGAAGACGACCAGCUCCUGCAUCAAGCCCUGCACCCCCACCAGCUCCUGUACCAAGCCCUGCACCCCCACCAGCUCCUGCAUCAGGCCCUGCACCCCUACCAGCUCCUGCACCAAGCCCUGCACCCCCAUCAGCUCCUGUACCAAGCCCUGCACCCCCAUCAGCUCCUGCACCAAGCCCUGCACCCCCAUCAGCUCCUGCACCAAGCCCUGCACCCCCAUCAGCUCCUGCACCAAGCCCUGCACCCCCACCAGCUCCUGCAUCAGGCCCUGCACCCCCAUCAGCUCCUGUACCAAGUCCUGCACCCCCACCAGCUCCUGCACCAAGCCCUGCACCCCCACCAGCUCCUGCACCAGGCCCUGCAACAACAUCUACACCAGCCAGAGUACCUCAGAGAAGACGUGCCUCUCUACAGCUACAGACUCCACAGCCAGCAGAUGAGGAGCCUGCUGAUAGGUGGCGAACAGAUGCAGAGGAGGACGUACAACCACAACUUUUCAGAUUUCAGCCAUCACGGACCCCUGGAUCUCAGUUGUCACCACAUUUUACGUUCACAGCUCUUCAAAUUUUCCAAUUGUUUUUUCAGCCAGACAUUAUUGACACCCUGUGUAGAAACACAAAUUCAUACGCUCAAAAGCGAUUGGAAAGGGGGGCUAAAUUUUCUUGGGUUCCCAUAACAGCUACUGAAUUCCUGCAGUAUAUGGGAAUUCUACUUUUUCAGGGAGUAGUACGAAUUCCAAGGCUCAGGGAUUACUGGACAACUGACAAAGUCUUUCAGAUUCCAUUCUUGAAAACAAUCAUUCCAAGGAACCGAUUUCAGGCAAUAAGCGCAAAUUUACACCUAAGUGACCCAGAAGAAGAUGCUGAAAUGGAUAAAAAAAAAGGAACCCCGGAUUAUGACCGGUUGUUUCGGCUCCGCCCACUUGUUGAUACACUGCAAACAGCAUGCCAGACAUGGUACCAGCCACAUCAGCAACUCUCCAUUGAUGAGAGAAUGGUCCCAACAAAAGCAAAAAAUGGAAUGAAAGAAUAUAUAAAGCGAAAGCCGAAGAGAUGGGGGUUCAAACUUUUUGUACUGGCUGACUCUGCAAAUGGAUACUCCUACAACUUUACAGUGUAUACAGGGAAGGCACACCAUCACGCAGGGCAUGGGCUCAGCUAUGAUUCUGUCAUUUCACUUAUUGAAGGUGUAAGUCUUGGCCAUGGCUACAACAUAUAUUGUGACAAUUUUUACACAAGCCCACUGUUGUUUCGUGAGCUUUUCAAACGCAAAAUUGGAGCUUGUGGGACACUAAGGGAACAUCGGAGGGGCUAUCCAACAACACUGGUGAAUAAUUUGGACUCCAAAAGUCAAAGGGGGUCCCUCCGAUGGAUAAGACAAGGUCCACUACUCUUUGUAAAAUGGGUGGACACAAGAGUAGUGACAAUGUUGUCAACCAUUCACAAGGCAUUUGACGGACAAGUGGUGCAGAGGAGACAACGGCUCCCAGCGGGGGGAUGGACAUCAGUGGCAGUUCAUGUACCACAAGCAGUCAAAGAGUACAAUAAAUACAUGGGGGGAGUUGAUUUGUCAGAUCAGCUUCUGCAGACAUACAGUGCCAGGAGGAAGACAUACCGAUGGUACAAGACCUUUUUUUUCCAUUUUUUGGACAUAGCUGCUUUAAACAGCUACCUUCUGUACAAGGAGCACUGUCAGCAGAAGGGGUUCAGACCGGCUUCUCACUUGUGCUUCAGGGAACAGCUGACCAGAGAGCUCUUGGGUGUUGCUAAAGAGGCUGUCCCUGUCACACCAAAGACAAAUCACAUCCCUUUACCCACCAGCACUGAUGAGAAGGGUACUUCAAAAAAAACGGAACCAAGAAGAAAAUACUGUGAGGUGUGCAAGCAGGCUGGAAAAAGAAUGAAGACUCCCUGGCAAUGCAAGAUUUGCAAUGUAGCACUGUGCCUGCAAACAGAUAGAAACUGCUGGGCUACAUGGCAUAAAUAGGUUUUGACACUUUGACCAUGCAUGUGUUUCACCCAGAAUUGUCCAAAGAUGCCUGGACAGUUCUCAGGACACAAGGUCAGAUAACAACUAUGAAGAUGGAGGGUGGGGGCUAAUGCAAAAUUAAGAACUGAUGCUGAUUGAUGAUGACCACUACAUGAGUCAAACACUGUUUCCUUUAGCUAGUAUAGUGAAAAUGGUUACAAUGUUUCCGUUAGAUCUUUGUCUUGGGUUAGGGCUUCACAAACAACAUAAAACAUACACCAAUGAAAAACUCAUAUAAAGUUACAUUAAAUUAUAUGCAUUUAUGUUGUCUUGGAGUAAAUAGGAAAUUUCUGUACACAUGGAUCAGGGGCAAAGCACUUGCAACUAGGUUGUCCAGUCAGAUCAUAGGGGAUUAAAUUGCAGGGACUGGGACCCUACAUGCCACUUGAGUUUAGCUGCAGACCCAGAGAGCUGUCAGAAAUUGACAGAUGGAAAGCAACGUAAUUCCAGUAUUUCAUGUUGUAUGCAGGCCCUGUAGUGCUUAGGAAUAGCAUUCUUUUUGAGUUGUAUGACAAUUUCAUGUUGUUUUCUGUAGCAGUGCAUCUGCUUUUAUCUCCUGGUACAUCAGAGGAGACUGUGCCCAUGAGUUCCUGGUAUCACUUGGUUGUCACUUUGGGGAGCAGUAUGGUGGGCAUGAAAUUACUUAGUGUCCACCAGCUAACACACCUGGUAGAGGAAUAUCGACUCUUUGGGCCUUUGGAUAACAUCUCAGCAUUUCCUUAUGAAAAUGACUUAGGGCAAAUUAAACAUCUCUUGCGCAAGCCUCACUUGCCUUUAGAACAAGUUGUGAAAAGGCUUUCAGAAAUACCUGAUGUAGAGGCAUCAGAACUAAAGAAAGGACACUAAUUAAUGCAUUUGCAUUAUGAUGGUCCAUUGAUGCCUCAUAUAGGCCAUGUAGAACAGUACAGAAAGGUAGUUACUGAAAAGUACACCCUGUCUUCAGGGAAUGGGGAUAACUGUGUACAAAUUGUAGAUGACAUUGCUGUUGUUCACAGUAUUGUGAAAGUACCUAAUGACACUUUUGUGAUUUUCAAAAUGUUUAGUCAUAGGGAGUCUUAUUUCCAGUAUCCCCUACCAUCAUCCAGCAUUGGAUGUUACCGAGUAUGGGGGUUGAACAACAGUCUUGGUCUGGCCAAGCUCCAAAAUAUUAAUCAGAAAUGCCCUGACAAAACAGCAUUCAUUGCCAUACCCAUCGUACAUAGCCAGUAAGAAAUCAUGUCAAAAUUAAUCAGUUUGUGUUCUGUCCAAGUCAAUAAUUGUUACCUAUGGACAUUUUUCUUAGUUACUUUUUAUUUAGUUCAAGCAAUACAUUUAACUCUUUUUUUAUUGUUCUGUGCACUGUUUUUCUAUGUCCUAGAUGGCCUUUGUACCCCCCCCCCCCCAUAAAAAAACAAUGGGGGGGGUACAAAGGAACAAACAAAAGAUGAAGCAGUGGUGUAUUGUGAAGUUUAGCAGUGGUGGCACAGAAUUUGUCCCCAAUACCUGGGUAAAAGAGGAGAAGGUUUUAUGGCCCCCAUAUCGCCCCAAAAGAAACAGCCAAGGUCCAUGCGGCAAUUAAGAGGAGAGAUGAGCCUACUGAGGGAUGGCACACAUACAAACCGGGCAGGCUCCUCAUAAGCCGUGAUGGGUGUUAUCAAAUUUGGUUUUAUUACUUUUUUUUAAUUCUUCAGUUAUUUAUUUAUUCAUUUUCAUCUUUUAACAAUCAUAGUUACAGAACAGAGAACAUAGAACUAAG